AUGCAAAAUAUAUGCAAUUUCAAGUCGAUGGAAAUCUCCAAUAUGUUUGUCCUGCAUGCCGUGGAGAAAGCUGCCAGGUUAAGAAUCCUGAGGAGGCUGUUCAGGAACUUUGGAAACGGAGAGAUGAAGCUGAUAGGGAUUUGAUAGCCAGCUUGAGAGCAGAUGCUGGGUUGCCUACACAGGAAGAAAUUUUUGACAUUUCACCUUUUUCAGAUGAUGAAGAGAGUGAUCCUGCAUCACGAAAGAAUGAAUAUAACCGUUCUUUGAAGUUUUCCCACAAAGGGCGGGAUGAAAAAUCACCAAGAAGGACUAAAGAAUAUGGAAAGAAAUCUUCAAAUAAAAAGCAUGGCAAGAAGAAGAGAAAUGAAAUAUCUUUUACCAAUGGAACCAACACAGAGAAUUUUGGCAGACACACUGAUGGUAAACCUUUUGGAUAUAAAAGCAGUGAUAACAAGAAUGAAAAAAAUCAACUCUCUGAAGAGCAUGCAACUUCUUCAUCUGGAGCUGGAAUCUUAACUGAAGCAAUCAGUGAGGCUGCAAUCUCUAAUCACAAACAUGUUGAUGAGGUGAUUGUAGCUCCUGGAACUAAGACAUCCAGGACUAUCAAAAUAAAUAACAACAAACCUCAAAGUUUGACUAAUAGCGAGGAUAGUCAUAGUGGAAUGCUGAAAACUGGGCAGGGCCCAAAGCUUGUCAUACAUUUGGGUGGCCGAAAUAGGAAUGCAAAUAGUCCUCCUACAUCUGAAGCUUCCAGUCUAAAAAAGGGACGAUAUUCAAAUGUGGGCACUGAAGAUGCGAGUCAACUGAAACAUCAUGAGAGCAUUGAGAGGGCCAGCACUGCAACUACUUAUGGGGAUACAAAAGAUCACAAAAUGAAUCAUGCUGGUCAAAUCAAAAGCUCCAAAUUGCAAGAAAAAGAGGGCCUGUUGAUAAAGUUCAAAAAUGUCAACUCAGAAUCCUCUAACAUCAGCUUAAAACACGCAGGAGGAUUUUCAAAGGCAUUUGAAUCUGAUAAUCCACAGGGUGCACAUUCUUUGCUGGGUAAAAGAACUACUGAAGAUGGUGCAUCAGCAAGGUGGGGACCAGAAUUCCCAGGUACUCGGAGGAACAAACAUUCUUCAAUCAAGAGUGGAGAUGAUGUGCCUACCAUGUCUAGUGAGUUGGUUGAAGAAAAUAGUAGCUUUCCGCCCACGUCACAGGCGUCUUCAGAAGGCCACAAGCCUCAUUUGAUAUUUAGAAUUCCAAAGAACUCAAACACAGGAAACCAAAAUGAUCAAGGUAAUAUGAGUAAUGCAGAUUCUCUGCGAGUAUCUGGAAAGGGGGAUAUCACUUAUACCAGGGGUCAAAGGUCGAAGAGAAGGAGACCAGCACUAGGUGACGGAGACACAUCUCAGCAGCAUGAAGAUAACACAAUAAAGGAGUUUACUGAUGCCAACUGGAUACUUCAAAAAUUGGGGAAAGAUGCUGCUGGGAAAAGAGUUGAGAUUCAUCAGUCAUCCAACAAUACCUGGCAUAGGGGAACCGUGGUUGAUGUCUUUGAGGCUGAGGGUGCAUCAAUUGUAGCUGUCUCUCUAGAUGAUGGAAAGACUAAGAAUUUUGAACUUGGAAAGCAAGGUAUCCGUUUUGUUUCUCAGAAGCAAAAGCAUUGAUUCUGAUCUCACAAUAGAUUUUGAGUUCUAAAGUGAGCAGUAAUGGAAAAAAAGAUACUCUUAUACACACCGAGCUUCUAUGAUACAAUUGCAUGGUGUGUUAACUGAAGCUUCAAGAUGGAGCGUGAAUGGCUCCUCUUUUUCCUUCUCUCGAGCCAUUCUCUCUUUCGUGUGAAUCCUUUCUCAGCCAGAUCCCUUUGCAGGAAAGAGCCAUUUGUGCCCAUAGUUUGAGCUGCGUGACGAAUGCAUGACUUCCUGCACUCUGUCAAUGUCUCUGAAAUGGCGGAGA